AUGGCAGAGGGAUUUCAAUUCAAGCUUCAUUUUUCACUGAACGAGGGAGCUGUCGAAGAAGUCGGCCUGGUAGAACGUCGCCGUCGAGACGCCAGCGACACCCACGCAGGCCUAUUAACCAACCUCUGGUCACCAGGCCAGGAACGUGUUGUGGCUGACUUGAUUCAACACUUGAGAGACGAGGGCUACAGCGUCUCUCCUCCUUGCAACCAAAAUAACAAUGUGAUCAUAAAUAAUUCUGACUUUUUUGAGGGACAGGACUCUUUUCGCGGCAGUUUCGUCAGUCAGACUCGGCAGUCCCCAGACCAAGAUGAUAUUAGCAGAAUUGAGGCUGAGAUUGAAGGAUCAGCUACACCUAAUAGGACUGAGGGUCGAUAUCGCAUCAUCCUUGAUUACUUCUAUGAUGCAGACAAGGGUCAACAACCGAUUGGAGAGAAGUCAGUCAGUAAACUCCUUCGGCUUCUAGACACCUCUCAAGAAGGCUACGGAAAGGAUGGACACGCAGCCGUUCUGAAGGAGCUGAAACCCCUCCUAAGGAGCAUUUUCGACUAUCUGAUGAACUUGAAGAACCGCAGAGCUCCAAAGCCUCUUCCGCGCAAGGUAAAGGUUCAUACUAACCCACCGGAAAAGGUGGCUUUGAGCGAUUCUGAUUCCACUCCGACGGCCGAUAAGGAUAAGCCUAACUUGAAGAAGGUCAAUCUCACUUUCGAAGACCUGGGGCCAUCCUCUUCAGGUAGUUCGGGUUCAUCGGAUUCGGAACUGGAUCGCGUAGUUAAUAUGGUGGUGAAAAUGCGCGAAUCAGAGCGGCUUAUGUUCAAACCGGGUGGAGGGUUGGUAUCAAUCAGCAAACUAAAGAACCCCACAUCCGGCGUCGUUGAAGACGAUCAAGAAGAUUCUGACAGUAGUCGUUUCGGUGGCAGGGAAAAAACGAUGUCUGCCUAUUCAAGGAGUCUGUCCGUGUACGCCGAUGACUACGCUGUAGGCAGAUCACCGGUAGCUGACAACCUACGCACGGCGGAUGAACAGGAAACCACUGCCUUCGCGAGUGAAUCCCAUUCCGAAGGGACUUCAAAGCACAGGCAUAAAGAGCAAGAACAUCAUGCCCCCCAGACACCGUCUUCCCUCAACAAAGAAGUCUAUCUGGAGUGCGUUGAUGAGAAUGCGGACGAUGGAGCCGAUGACCAGGAAACUACCGCCUGUAUACGCGACCCUCUCGCGCAAGCAGAACCGGGACACAAACCUAACGAGAUAGAACCUUCUUCUGGGGCAGUGGAUGCUUUAAAAAAAGCCGUCUGUGAAGACCCUUCAUGCGUCUCGGGCCCGUUGAAGACAUGGACUAACGAUGGUGGUCGUCAGGAGGUCGGAUCCGCCAUGUCUACUAACACAACGAGUUCGCAUUCAGUGGAACUUGCCAUUGACGGGGCCACGGACUCCAAGGAGGACACGCCAGUUGGGCUGACUAGCUCCCAACCCCUGAUAAUGACGCCACUGGCGCAUAAAAAGGAGUCUAGACACAAAGAACUCACGGUCCUUGUCACUACACCCGAAUCCGUGGAUAGUCAAGUGGCUUCCUCCCUGGCGCCCUCUCAGAAGGAGGCUUCACCCAACGUGGACACAGUUGGGCAUUCCGCUACCCAUCCCCUUGAAAUCCGUUCAGAGGGCAACCUGACGGAGAAACCGCAGGUCACUUUUCUUGCGACCCAGCCGACCACACCGGAGUCCAUGCCCAAUCUAACUGGUUCACCCUUGCCAACUGCCCAGACAGACCGUCCGACCACCGGUACCGUUCCGAAUCAUGCCGUCCAACCUGUCGCGGGUAAAUAUGAGGACACCUUCACAGCUGAAAAUUUCCUCCCGGACUCAUUUGGACGUGUAGUUGGUGAAACCACUGACGCACAACGGGAGCUUCGAGCUCAGAGCAUAAGUCUCGUGGAGAUGGCUCUGGGGAAUGCCCUGGGACUGAUUUCAGGGAAGAAGGGGAAGCAGCUUGAAGCAAAUGAGAGCACUUCAACGCUGGUAACGGCCCCUGAGGGCGGCGGCCCAGGCUCCCCGACUGAGGGCUGCACUCAGUUUGACAUUGAUGUACAGGUGUUAGUAGAGGGAACUACUGUUAGCCGGCUGAUAAAGACCUGUCCGAUGUAUCCCCUGCGUGACGAUCUCACCCUUAAGUUGAAGGAGGGCAAGGGAAAGGUGACUGUCUUCUCUGAAUUUAAAAACCUCGACGACGACAAGAACAGCCCUUCCGGCAGUAUGCCUUCACCACACAAUAACAACACUUCCGCCUUUCUGGAAGACCAUUGUGAAGGUCACAAUAGUAUCCUCCAACGAACGUUGACAUCACACGGACCAAGAACAGACAGCCGGAGUGAUGACUUUAUGGGCCGCCCGCGGUGUCCCCGCUCUGAAGCCGCCCUCAACACCUGCCAUGUCUGUGCAAUCCAUGACACCGGUGAGGGUAGUCUGCUUUCUACUGCUGAGACUGAAAGCCUUAACAGUAGCAAACCCACACCAAGGCGACGAAGAUGCCGAUCCAUCCUCAGGAGUUCGGCGAGUGACUGUGCCGAGACCUGCCUGAAACGUGAUGUGGAGUUUUCAGCCAAAUUCCUAGCUCGUCUGGCCAACAUCCGAUUUUCAUCCAGACUCUUCGCCCGCGGAUGCUCCGCGCCUCACGGCGCCGGUGGAUUAAACAACAAUAAUAACGCUGUCUAUAAGGUGGAAGGUGACACCUACUAUGUUCCUCCCAGGUGUCGCUGCUCCGAAGCCAGGCGCGAUCAUUUUUUUCGAUGGUGUAAGGCCUUCGAGGAAUGUCUGAAGAAGAAAGGCCUUCAGGGCGCGAAAAUAGAGCCGGGCUCAAAGAAGACCCAUCCAAACUUGCCCCUCACCGGUUGGCCUCUUCGAAGGUGUCACUCAACAUGCACCCGCUUGUUCGAACCCAUGACUGAGGCAUGCGGUCUUUUUCGACCCUACUGGAGUACACACCGUAAUGUCUACGAACCGGACCACUGUCUCCUGCGCCACAAAAGAUGCACGAACAGGAACCCUCUACCGGUACGAGCCAGAAGACCGACAGACUGCGAAGACAGCCCCCAACCGCAGUGGGACCCCGCCCCGGACUCCGCUCCGUGCCCUCCCCUGAGGCGCACUGCCUCGCAGCCAUCGCCAGCGUACCCACCUCACAGAUGCACCCUGGAUACACCGCCAGUAGGCAUGGAUCGUUUUAGGGUUGGAGACGGUGUCACUCCCUGUGCGGCUGACUGCAACGACGCAGGAGGGAUGUCCCCGUCACGACUUUGCGCACCGAAUCCUGCCUGUGGUCCGGCGACAGAGCCGCCCUCAACCAGCAGUUUUCACACUGCGGACGCGGACAUGGGUUCGUUCCGUUGUCAUCAGAGGAAGUCGGCUCCACCGUCUCCCAGCGGACCCUGUAGGUCACCGCGUAGGCAUCCAGCCUGCUCCCCGCCGCCCCCCGUUAAACCUCGAAGGACCUGUGCUCAGGAGUCUGCUCUCCGUCCUCUUAAAGAAGUUGCCAAAUGCGUAGCACUUACAUCUAAUGUCGUUGAUCCAUGCGCUUCCAGACUGGACCCAUCAGCCCAGACCCGGGCCAUAACAAGGACCGGUGAGCAAGUGCGUGGGGCUGUUCCGCGUGCUGUUAGGGAAAGCAGGCCACGAAGUGUGUGCAAGGCUGAAGAGCCACCGCGCAGGCACACUGAACCGGCAGGCGAAAGACACGCCCUGCCACAGGCAACCAAAACUGUAGCGAACCAGGGUCCGGACAGUGUGCGUUUUGUGAGCCAGCACCAGUCGGUGAUACCGGCGGACGACCCACCCAAACCGAAGUCCAGGUCACGACAAAAGCAACGACAACCAGGUGCUGUGAAGCCGAGGACUAGAUCGCUGACUGCCGGCGAGGGUCCCUGUACGCUGCCAUCUUGGAAGAUACCAAAGCCCAUCGCUAGAAGCAAGCCCUGUCUCGAUAGCUUCCUCCAGUGUCGUCUUCAGCAUGACACCACCUGCUACAUAUCGCAAGGCCGGUCUGUAGAGAUAAGCAGACAGCGCCAGACUGCAGUGACUCCGCACAGCACCCCCGUUUCACCGUCACUCGAACAAGCAGCACCAUCCUGUCAGCUGAAGCACUACAUCUUGCCCUCUAGAUCUCCUAACCCUUACCUUGAUCGACUCUGGCAGAUGACUAACAGUGCCUGUCCGACAGUGAGCCCCACGUCGGUAAAUGGUUCCAACUACCACCUCAGUCGGAACCCCGUGAAGGACUACCUUCAUGUUCGAAGAGUCGACAGCAGGAAGCAUCCGCAGAGGCGGAAUAGCAGCGGAGAGGGUAAAUGGCGCACAGCCGCGCUGAAUGCGGAAGCCCUGUUUGAAAGCCUGUGCGUCUACGUGGUGGAACAGAUGCCAUCUAAAGCACCUGGCCUGGUACGUCUGAGGCCGAGAACAAUCACUACAGGCAGUCCUCGCAGAGCUGUCUCCGCCGAUGGACCCCAUCUAAUGAAAAUGCUUGGAUCGGACGACACCCCAGGCAGCCAAAAUACACACGCGAUGUCGACUUCAGUAUUUGGAGAGAAACGGUUGAGAAAUGCUCAGUCUCAUGACGACCUGACUGGCAGCUGA